AUGGAUAAGGUGGCGGAAAAUGGUGGAGGCGGGGGAGUGGGCGGAGGGGGUGGGGAGGGCGGAGGGGGAGGAGACGGAGGGGGAAACGGGGGAGAAGGGGGCGAGGGCGGAAGCGGGGGCAACAAUUUCGCUGAUUCGGAGAUCGGAUCGCGUGCAGAUACGGAGGAGUUGAAGGAAGGGGAAGAGGAGGAGGAGGAGGGGGGGGCUGGUAAUGUGGCUUCUGGAAGCGCCAGGACAAACCAUAAAGCAUCCUCGGAAAAGUUCAUUGCUGAGGCGCCUAAAAAUCUGCCUUCUGGAAGCGCCAGGGCCAGCGAUACGGAAUUAUUGGAGACGAUUAGAAGGGAGAGGGAUGCAGGGAAGAGGGGCGGGGAAGUGGGGGGUCGAUUGCGGAAGGGGAAAGGCAGGGGGAAGCGCAACACUCCCCGAGCGGACGCGACUUACGAGUAUAUGGGUGACUUGUUACUCGCGUCUCUUACCUCCGCCGCUGCCCCUGGCGCGGGGGCGGUUGGCGCGGGGGGAAUAGGCGCGGGAACGGGCACUCCGCGAAGCGCCUCGUGGAACAGCAGCGGGCGGCGGAGGGCGGAAGACAAGCGCGCGGAAGGCAUGAUGGACUGGCUGGCGGGGCUGGUGCGCGGAAUGACGGCGACGCGCCUGGAGCGCAUGGACCGCGCGGAGCGGCAGGCGCUGAUGGCGGAAACGGCGGAGCUGGUGGUGCAGAUGCUGGAUAAGCGGGCCGCGGAAGACGGCUUCGCGCACCGCUCGGAGGUGAGCGCGCUCCGUCGCCUGCAGCGCGAGGCCUUCCAGGACCUACUAAGAGUUAAAGACCGUUUGCACAAACUAGAGUACUAUACUGGGAUUCGUCGCCUGCAGCCCUUCGGCGCUGCCACCGCCUUCCCCGCGUCGCCUCCCUCCGCCUCCGGCGCUGGAAGCGCGGGGUUCGGGGGAAGCGCGGGGAGCGCGGGAGGCGCGGGGGGCGCGGGGAUGGACCUGGGCGGGGGUUUCGGGUUUGGGCUGCUGGGGGGAAGCCGCACGCGGAUGUACGGGGAGGUGGCGGCGGGUUCCGCGUUCGUGCCUGCGGAGGGGGAGCGCAGCCAUUCCGCGCGCGCAGGUCUAGAGCAGGCGGGCAUGCGGUCAGGGCUUACUGUGAAACUGCGCCUAGACACGCUCUGCAGGCGCUGGGGUAGUGGUGGUAACAGCAGUAACACCGGUAACAGCGGUGGCAGCGGUGGCAGUGGCACCGGAAGCGGCAGCAGCAGCAGCAGCAGCGGCGGCGGCAGUGGCAGCAGCGGGAAAAGCGGUGGUGCUGGGUCUUCAGGGGGGUCCGCGCAAGGGAAGAGGAGAGAACCAGAGGACUUACUAGUGACGGAGUUAACGUCUGGCCUAGGCGAGGAGAGCAGCAGCUUCAUGCUAGGCGGCCCUGUGAACCUGCACAAGGUGCUCUACAGUGCGGCUCUCUGGGACGGCGUGCAUCUGGCUGUAGCGCCACUGGGAGCCGUGGGGUCGGAUGUAGCAGAGCCGAUCAACCCUCUCAAGGACCAAGGCCUGACCCGGUUCUCUUCUGGAGGCCUGCCUCUGCACCGUCGCGCGCGGGGCUCCGCCCUCGCGCUCACCCUCCGCUCCGCCUCCUCCUCCUUCUCCCUCGCGCACUUCCUCUCCGGCUGGGGGGUAACGCCCGACCCAGAUGGCACCUCCCCCGGCCUCUGCGUCUCCUCUCUCGCGCAGCUGUCACUCCAGCCGCAGGAGAACGUCGUUUUGGCGUUUUCUGCGUUGAAUAGAGUGUGGCCUGCCCCCCCUCUCCUGGCAUCUAAUGGACUUCAUUGGAGUGAGAUGGGUCCGUUGGUUCUGCCUAGGGUUAACCCGUUUGGGUGGGGGGGGAGAGAGGGAAGCGCAGGGGGGGAUGGGAGCUCAGAGGCUAGUUUUGGCAGUGGGGUUGGCGGGGUGGGGGGAAGGGGGCGAGGGAGGGGAGGAGACGAGGGAGAGGAGGGGGAAGGGGGAGGAGGAGCGGGGCAGGAGCUUUGGCUACCCCCUCAGGACGAGCCGGGGACAGCGGUACAAUCAGUGGCAGUGGCAGGGGCGAUUCAGAUAGGUAAGUCUACUACCGUCGCGGCGUGGGCACAGGCAGAGAAUGGGGAUUGUUUGGAUGAGGAGGCAAAGCGACGGCUGCAGUGGUCGGUUUCGCUGGCGUACCGACCGUGGCGGGAGGGGGACGGGGGAGAGGAGGGGGGUGGGCUCGGGGAUGGGGUUGGAGAGGGGAUGGGAGGGCAAAGUGGGGAAGGGAGUGUGGGGUUGGGCAGCGGCAGCAACAACAGCAACAGCAACGGCGGCGGCGGCGGCGGCAGCGGCGGCGGCAGGAGCAGGAGCAGGAAGAAGCAGGGGCAAUGGUGGGAGAGAGCAAUGGUAGGGGCAUGUGUGGGGUCAUCCCAACCGGAUGUGUUCUCAGGGGGGAUGGAGAACGAAGAUGGAGCAGGGGCGCUGGGUUUGGUGCAAGGAGAGGUGUAUGUGCAAGUGCCGUGUGCGCGGGGAGUGGUGCUGCAGCCGGGGGUGGUGGUGGCGCAUGGGCCAGAGAGUGGCCUGCACACUGCCUACAUGCUCCGGACGUGCUGGGAGCUCUGA